AUGUUGUUCUUCUUAGACACUGACGAAUGCAGUGUUUCCCCUUCUGUAUGCGACAUCAACGCCAACUGCUCCAAUACUCGUGGAUCGUAUUACUGCACUUGUAAGGCAGGAUUUACAGGCGAUGGACAAAAUUGCCAAGGUAGGAGAACAUUCUUUAGCUAAUAAGUUAGCUUACUGCUGUACCAUCAGAGAUAGCAGUUUCGUAGAGACGAGUGACAUCAUUUAAGAUGGCGGCUAAUAAUGAUAUCGCGGCAAUUCAUCGAGUCCGUGUUUCUUUCUAGUAACUGGACGCUUGUGUUUUCCACUCAAUUCGUUGUUCAGGUUUAAAAUCUUACACUUGUUUUUUCUCUUAAAGAAGGAAAGGGAUAUAGGAUGUUUCGUGCAACUGUUUACACGAAGUAAUCCAUGUGCAUACUUUGGGGAGUCUUACAUGAUCUCGGGGGCGGGUAAGCUGGAAGGUCGGCCAUGUUGCAUUAAAGUAAUUCUGUUGUGGUUCAAUCCGUGUCCAGCGUGCUAUAAAUGCCUCACCUUGCACGUGUACAUUCAUUGUGUGGUUUUACGCUGACUUCUGCUAUUUGCUCAUCUGGUACAAAAGUUAAAAAUAGCGUUUGAACGAAGCUAGCACUUAAUGAAGGCAGAGUAGUCAUCAAAUUCUUUCCAAUAGAACCAGCAUUUUGCUUCCAGGAGUCUGGCUUAUUGCAAUUUGAGGGCCACCGGUGAGUUUGGUCAGUUAUAUAAUCGGCCACUGAAUUAGCUUUUUGUCAAUUUUUCAUCAUGCCGCAUCGCUGAUGACAAAAGACAAAACUUGACAAAGAAAUUUUGAUCAAAACCUCACAUGUUAGAUAGGAUGGGUGCUUUUUGGGUCUUUUAUUAGGGGUUAAUGCUGUUAAAUAAUGUUUGUUUGAAUGUGUAGACAUUGACGAAUGCAGUGCUUCUUCUCCUGUGUGUGACAUCAAUGCCAACUGCUUCAAUACUCGUGGAUCUUACUACUGCACCUGUAAGGCGGGAUACACUGGCGACGGAAAAACUUGCCAAGGUAAAAUAAGAUACUUUAGCUAAUUUCAACAGGACCAGCUGAAUAUUUCCAUGAAGAAAGUGUUUUUUUUUUUCUUGUUUUUUUUCAUGUUGUUCUUCUAAGACACUGACGAAUGCGGUGUUUCCCCUUCUGUAUGUGACACCAACGCCAACUGCUCCAAUACUGGUGGAUCGUAUUACUGCACUUGUAAGGCAGGAUUUACAGGCGAUGGAAAAAAUUGCCAAGGUAGGAGAAAAUACUUUAGCUAAUAAGUUAGUUUACUGCUGUACCAUCAGAGAUGGCGGCAGUUUCGUAGAGACGUGUGACAUCAUUUAAGACGGCGGCUAAUAAUGAGAUCGCCGCAAUUCAUCGAAUCCGUGUUUCUUUCUGGUACCUGGACGCUUUUUUUUAUACUUAUUUCGUUGUUCAGGUUUAAAAUUCUACACUUGUUUUCUCUAUUAAAGAAGGAAAGGGAUGUAGGAUGUUUCGUGUAACUGUUUACAUACUUUGGGGAGUCUUACAUGAUCUCGGGGGCGGGUAAGCUGGAAGGUCGGCCAUGUUGCUUUAAAAGUAAUUCUCUGUCGUGGUUCAUUCCUUGUCCCUCGUGCUAUAAAUGCCCCACCUUGCGCAUGCACAUUCAUUGUGUGCUUUUACCCUGACUUCUGCUAUUUGCUCAUCUGGUACAAAAGUUAAAAAUAGCGUUUGAACGAAGCUAGCACUUAAUGAAAGCUGAGAAGUCAUCAAAUUCUUUCCAAUAGAACCAGCAUUUUGCUUUUAGGAGUCUGAAAGUUUUAAACUUGUAGUAGGACGUCAACGCGAAGUAUCGAUUGGUUUCUAGAAAUUUCUCGGGCAUGAAGUUUUUUCACCCGAGAGUUCGCUUAACCAAACAAAAGCCGCGCGCGUUCGUAUCUGUUCGAUAAACCGUUUUCAUUUCAAGGUCAUAUGAAAAUCGCUCUAAAGAUCAGAGGCUCCCUUUGUCCUCGACUUUCCCUCCUCCUUUGGGCCCUUUCGUUAAUAUUUUAAUUACAUCUAUUUUAAUUGAGUACAUUAACUUCUAUGUAUGUGGUAAUACACUUUACCUAGAUAUAAAUUGAGUGCAAAGUAGUACUGUCUCACUGUAUCUGUAUCAUGACACCAUCAUCAUCUUCAUCAUUGCAUUUGAUAAAGUAGGUUAAUAUGCAAACACAUUGGUUUUGAUGUUGAUUCAUUAGGGAAACUGAUUAAAAAACCCUUCUUCUACUUUCCUAUUUUUUGAAAAUCAAUUAACGAUAAUUAUCCAUAUUGUAUUAGUUCGUUAAUUCUGAAACUGAAAUUUUCCUGUUCCAUUAUUAUCGACCCCUCCAGCUAACUCUAUUUAAAGAAACUGAAUUCUGUAUUAAAGAAGAGGAAGACAUGAUUCUAACACUUGAGAGCUUAGGAAAACUUCCGAGCUCACGGCGAGAAUCGAACUCACGACCCUACGAGUUCUAGUUUGUUCGCUCUCAUCAAUGAGCUACUGGAACUCUAAUGGCGUGCAAGUCAGAAUUAUAUUUCAAAAAGUACACUUGCAUUUCAGGAUUGCGUCGGAGACUUGCUCAAAAUUCGGCCGUCCGCCAGCGUACAAACAAAAAGCUGUAUAUUUAAAGAAGAAGAAGAAUUCUAACACUUGAAGGCACAGAAUAACUUCCAAGUAAAGUAACACAGCUCCUGGUACUCGAAGUUUAUAAAUCAAACUUUUUUUCCGCUGGUUCACAAGGCCAAACCCCGAAAGUCCACCCGGCCUUGGGCAAAGUUAUUGGUUUUUGAGAAAUUUAUACUACAAUGGGAUUAUGUAUUCCCCUAGACUCUCUUUGAUUUUGACAAAUUUUCCUCCUUCGCUUCUCACAGGCACCCGAUUCAUUCUUUUUCCCUAAAAUUCCAUUUAGACCAUAAUUAUUUAGGAUUCCUUGACUAGAUUUUAUACAAAGUAUGAAAGUAGUAACUACAAUAAUAAUAAUAAUAAUAAUAAUAAUAAUAAUAAUAAUAAUAAUAAUAAUAAUAAUUAUUAUUAUUAUUAUUAUUAUUAUUAUUAUUAUUAUAAUUCCCCAUAUGGUUUGCUAAGUUGAUGGAGAAGCUUGCUAACGGCUAGAACACUAGAAUUUUCGCCCAAACCCAAGGCAAAGAGAUGCCUCCUUCAAUACGUUUUAAGAAAGGACUGCCGGAAGGUGGUACGCUCUGUCCUAUGCUAUUCAUAUUGUGCUGGAAUCCAAUCGCACGGAAGGUGCGGGCGACUGAGGGAUACAGGCUAUCUAAGCCUAUAUCAACUAAGAUCAUUCACCUACUAUACAUCGAGGACAUGAAGUUGUUUGCUGCUUCUGAGAACAAUUAAGCUGAAACGAGUCAUGACAAUCGCAAAGAAUGGAAUCGAAAGGAACGGUUUGAAGUGGAAUGAGAAGAAGUGUGCAGUGAUACACGUGAAGCGGGGACAAGUCGAACAAGGAGGUAGAGAUAUGAAGAUAGCUGAUCUUAAACCUAUCAAGAGCCUGGACCAAUAUAACACCUAUAAGUUCUUAGCCGUCUUCGAAAACACCAAGCAAGAGGAUAAUUAAGCAAGUACUGGAAGCCGCAGCAAAGACAUACUUACAAAGGCUAUCAAUCAUCUAGUCCAGCCUAUUGUCAGAUCAUGCAAAUUAAAGGUAGUGGCGUCCAAUCAGUUCAUUUUACCAAUACUUACAUACUAAUCGAAGCUUAGAAGGUAAAGCAGGCAAUCUACAAAGCCCGCCAGCAGGAGCUACAAUCAAAGGUGUCUGAGGAGAGAUGGCAAAGAAAGCUUAUCAAGAACAGAUGGAACGAAGAGAAAGUUAAACUGGAGGAGUGCUUUGCGUGGCUUUCCUCAUGGAAGAAUGCCCCAACGCAUACCAUUGCUGGAGUACAAGAACUUUACCAACACGCACUGGCACAGACUAAGUACCUACAGAGACAUAACAAUGCUUCAAGAUCUUAUUAUUUGAAGUCCUUAGAUCUUUAGAUCUCAUUACUACAGUUGGACCGUGGUUCUCACAAGUCACACCCAAGCCGCUAUAUGAGAAUGAGCAUGCGACCACCUUCUGGGACGUCGCAUUAUUCGCUAACACAACUCAAGUAAAAGCUAAUAGAAUCGACGCCACCGUCAUUGACAAGACCAGCAAGCAAGGUAGAGUGAUUGAAAUGAGCUGCCCAUGGCUGGAAGUCAUCUAAAGAUUUCGAGAAGACAACGAAGUACAGUCAUACUGAGACUAGAGCUGACGAGCCGAUAUCUUGAGUACGAGGUCAAUCAGUAUAACAUCAUCAUGGAUGUCCUUGGAGGCUGUUCAAAAGAGGUUGAGCAAAUUAUGAAAGAUCUUGUAGGAGAAAAGUGUGAAUCAUUAUGCGCCAAAUGCAAAAGGCAAUCCUGUCUAGUUCAUUACACAUUGCUAGAAUGUUCAAGCUGAGCGGUUAGAUAUCUAUAGGAAUUUUGGACACCUAUUUUAACAGAUACUUAAUCUUGUACAUUAUCGAAAUUUUAUUGACAUAUCUUAGACGUUCUCAUAAUUUAAUGGACAGCUAUAUGAACGAUGUUUUCUAACUUAUGAAAAUUUUUAUUUUAUAAUUUAAGACCUGCAUAAAGCUUGUAGGAUUUAUUGAUUUAUGUAAUUUUUUUUUAUGACAUUUUUAUCAAAUCAUUUUUACCUAGGUUCUUUUGGCACAAAUUAUUUUGUAAUUGUUACUACAAAUUUUAGCCGAUACUGCGGCUGGUUACGGCUUGCCGCCCAACCAAAGCUUUUAUUUUUUACUCUGGGCAUCCAGACGUUUGUACUGCCAUAAUAAUAAUAAUAAUAAUAAUAAAAGCUUCUCAAAUACAAAGACUUGGAAAUCGUGGUUGAGCGAAUGUGGGUACUCAAAACAACAACAGUCACGGUGGUUAAGUCUAUGCUUUGGACUCGGAUGUUGAGAGAGAAAAACAAUUGCAAUUACACUAGUAUAUCUUAUAUAAUAAAAUAAUAAUAAU